ACUUUCACUUUCUCGCUUACUCAAACUUUCUUUUUCCGAGUCCCCAAACAGACACUUUCUUUUGCUUUUUCUCUCUCUUUCUUUCUCACCCGCCUUAAAAUCAGAGAAAGCCAAAGCAAAGAAUGGAAACUCAAACUCAAACUCAAAACCAAAAGCAAAGCCAAGAAACAUUGCCACAGCAACAGCAGCAGCAAAACCAGAAGAACAUGAAGAAGUCUUCGUCGAAAAACUCCGAUUCAUCGGCUCACUACAAUGACUCGCCUCACUCGCCCCUCCGAUUCCACUCGCCACUCCGAUCCGAACUCGGCGACCCUCCCGAGACGCCUCCGUACCACUCUCCGGAGGCCUCGCCGGAGAAGCCGCCGCUGGACUACUCCAAAGCCGUCGUCGCCGUCGACAAGUACACUCAGUUCUCUCCGCAACAGUCGACGCCGGAGAAGCCGAACCUCACUAACAACAAUAGCAACGCCGCGUCGCAGACGGAGAAGUCGCCGUCGCCGUUGAUGGUGUUGAGCAGGGCGAUGAGGGAGGAGCCACCGAUGUCGGUGACGAAGGUAGGUCCCAGCGGCGGCGGAGUAGGACGCGGAGUUGAGGAUGGUCGGAGAUCGGCACAUCUUGCGAUGCCGAGGAGGACGAAGAGAGACAUGAUGGUGGAAAAAGCUGCGUUAGGGUUUAGGUUCAGUGAGAUUGUGCUCUGUUUGAUUUCGUUUUCGGUUAUGGCCGCCGAUAAAACUCAAGGUUGGAGCGGCGACUCCUUUGACCGUUACACUGAGUACAGGUAUUGUUUAUCUGUGAAUGUUAUCGCAUUUGUAUAUUCAGGGUUUCAAGCAUUUGAUCUAGUUUCCAAUAUGAUCAGCGGGAAACAUGUCAUCCGCCACCACCUACGUCGCCACUUUAUAUUCUUCAUGGAUCAGGUACUAGCUUAUCUUCUCAUAUCAGCAUCCUCAUCAGCAGCAAGCCGGGUUGAUGAUUGGCAAUCAAACUGGGGGAAAGAUGAGUUCACAAUAAUGGCUAGUGCAUCAGUUGGGAUGGCCUUCCUGGCUUUUGUUGCAUUUGCCUUUAGUUCCCUCAUCUCGGGUUACUACCUGUUUGCACAUGGCUCUACAUGAUCUUGGAACGAGUUUUACGGUUCUUCUUCUUCUUCCUUUUUUCUAAUUUUUAUGCUGUAUCACAUAUAUUUAUGUUGUACAGACAAACAUAAAGUCAUAGAAUUUGUUUCUUCUUAAUUAGAUAAAUAAAAUAAUGUAAAGAGUUGGGCUGCU